CGCGCGUGCUAACCAUAUCAUCUCUCUCAGAGUCUCAACUCUCAACUACAGAGUCAACCAUGACCGACGCUGUCAUCUCCGGUGUUGCGGAUCAGCUGUUCUUCAUCAUCAAGGACCAAGUCCAGGGGCUAAGAACAGCGUUGGGUGUGGAGAAGGAGAUCCAAAACCUAUCAUCAAAGCUCAAUAAAAUCAGGGAGGUGUUGGAUGAUGCAGAGAGGAGAAGCUUUAAGGAAAAGGGCGUCAAGCUCUGGCUGGAAGAGAUCCAAGACUUGUGCUACGAAAUGGAAAAUGUUCUCGACGAGUGGAUCACCAGGACUCUCAGGCAACAGAUCAAGAGACCUGAGGUUGCAGCUCCAGAAAGCUGCACCCCUUUCCUGCCUUCAUGUUUCCAUUUGAAAAGGGUUGUUAUGCAUCGAGACAUCGCCAAGAAAGUAAAGAAACUUGAUUCGAGACUUGAUCAGAUUAUGAAAGUGAAAGAUCUGUACAAUUUCGUUGCUGUAACUCACACUUGUGAUCAAGCACCGAAGCGAGUGGCCACUACUUCGUUUGUGGAUGCAUCAGAGAUUCAAGGUCGGGAUAUUGAUGCCAGAGAUGUAAUAAGAGAGUUGGUGAAGAAGGAUGACGGAGAAGAAGCAAGAAAUGGCCCCCUUGUUAUUUCCAUAGUGGGCACGGGAGGGAUUGGAAAAACUACCCUUGCUCAGUUAGUCUAUGGGGAUGAACAAAUAAAGACUCGUUUUGAUGAAAGGCUAUGGGUUUGUGUUUCAGACCCUUUUGACGAGAUGAAGAUUGCAAAAGCCAUUGUUGAGUCAACCACCAAAAGCUCCACAGAUCUGUCUCAAUUACAAGUAUUACUGGAAAAAAUUCAAAGCAUUUUGUUUGAUAAAAGGUUCUUGCUUGUGUUGGAUGAUGUAUGGACAGAGCAGUCUGAAAAGUGGGAGCCAUUGAAGAACUCUCUCAAGGUUGGACUCCCAGGCAGUAGAAUCUUGGUGACCUCAAGGAGUGAGAGGGUUGCAAGAAUGAUGGGAAGUGUGUAUCUGCAUCGGAUGGAGUUAAUAUCCGACUUAGAUGCAUGGUUGUUGCUUAGCAGGAUAGCAUUUUCUGGGAGAGGGGAGAUGGAUUGCGAGAAACUGAAAGAUAUUGGUCAGAAAAUUGCUCAAAAGUGCAGAGGAUUGCCACUUGCAGUUAAGGUCAUGGGAAGCCUGCUACGUUGCAAAGACACUGAGGAGAAAUGGCAAGAUGUUUUUGAUAGUAAAAUUUGGGAGAUGGAGGAAGUGGAAACAUAUCUCUUUCCUCAUUUGUAUCUAAGCUAUGAUGAUUUAACACCAAAGAUGAAGCAAUGUUUUUCAUAUUGUGCUGUCUUUCCCAAGGAUUACGAAAUAGAGGUAGAUAAGCUGGUCAGAAUUUGGAUGGCACAAGGUUAUUUGACAACAACAAAUGGUAGUGAUCAGAAUCAGAUGGAACUGAAAGGCCGGGAGGUUUUUGAGAAUUUAGUAAUGCGUUCUUUGUUCCAAGAUUUAAAGAAAGAUUACAAGGAAUCCAACAUCAUAUCUUGCAAAAUGCAUGACAUAGUACAUGAUUUUGCCGAGUUUCUUACCAAAAAUGAACGCUACAGUGUUGGCCAGCAUGAAGAUAAGGUGAGAAUUGAAAAUCUACAUCAUUUGUCGUGGCAGAAAACGGGAAGGCCUAUGGAUCCUGCUUCUAUUUGUGACGUUAUUGGAAAACUUCGUAGCUUUUUUGUUGAAGAACUUUCUCCAGAACAACUUACUCCUGAUCUGCUCAAUGGUCUUAAAUCUGUGAGAACUUUAGGAUUGCAUCGUUGUAAGUUUCAUAAACUCCCAAAGGAGAUAGGAAAUUUGCUUCAUUUAAGGUACAUUGAUUUAAGUGAUAGCAAUGUAGAAGAGUUACCUGAUGCAAUUUGCUUUUUGGAUAACUUGCAAACUCUAGAUCUUGGAGGGUGUGAAUGUCUUUCUAAACUACCUGAAGGAAUUGGAAAUUUGCGUCACCUAAGGUACAUUGAUUUAAGUUGGAACAAAGUAGAGGAGUUACCGGAUGCAAUUUGCUCUUUGGAUAACUUGCAAACUCUUAAGCUCAGAGGAUGUAAGCGUCUUUCUAGACUACCUGAAUGGAUUGGAAAUUUGUGUCAUCUAAGGUGCAUUGAUUUAAGUUGGAGCAAAGUAGAGAAGUUACCUGAUGCAAUUUGCUCUUUGAAUAACUUGCAAAUCCUAGAUCUUGCUGGAUGCGAGUGUCUUUCUAAACUACCUGUAGGGACUGAAAAUUUGCGCCAUCUAAAAUGCAUUGAUUUAAAUGGGAGCAAAGUGGAUGAGUUAUCUCAGUCUCAAUGCAACCAUGAGUGGGGAGGAACAGCGCAUCAACAGAAUUGAAUUGAAUGAUCUAUCCAAUCUUCUAGAAGGCGUGUUAGAAAGAAAGCAACUCGAUCAUGAACCGUAUGAUCUAAUCUUCUAUGUAUUUCCUACUUUAAAUCCUUUACGUACUCAUUCAUAAACGUGCGAUUUCUUA